UUUUUUGGCCCACGUUCUGCGUGGCGCAGGUUCCCCUUUGCACGGGCUUAUGGCAUGCCGUUUGGCCGAUCCAUGGGGGACAUGCUCGGGAAUCAAAUGCUGACCCAGCUGAAACUCAUUGAGAUGGACGGGUUCCAAGACCUAGAGCCGUUGAUGCGGCUUACUCCGAACUUGAAAGUAUUGCGAUUAACGAUGUCUUCGGGAUUUUCCCAAAGCGCUAACGCGGAGCUUGUUCAAGCGCUGGCGCAUGUACCGCAUCUCCGCGAACUAGUAUUCUCUCCUGAAACUCUCCGCUUGUACACUCCUUUCACAGAGGACAAUCUCCUGGGCGAUUUUGAUGAGAUCACCGAGGUGACAGAGAACGGAACUAACGUGGAGAUCAUCAAAUCAAUCGGAAAAUUGGUCCCGGAACUUGAGAUUCUUGAUCUUCGAAACCGAUGGUUCGGGAUGAAAGGAAUGUUCUUUCCUCCAAGUGUUGAGCCAAUAAGAUCAAAUGCGCUAGUGGAGGCUGUUAAGCAAUUGCCAAAUCUGAGAUCCCUGGCAUUACCAUCCUCCGUAGUUUCGCUUAGAGAUUUCACGACGAUCCGAGCUCCCCCAGGUAUUCGCCUACCACCUGGUUUCCCAACAUGGGACGAAGCUAUGGAACACAUCGCAGAUGCUGAGGUUAGGACCGUCCAGGGGAUAGGGGCGGCCUGUAACGAUAUUCAAAACGUCGCCUUCACCCGCCCCCUUUCAGACGCCUUGCGUCUGGAGUACUCCGUCAAUUACGAGGUCGGUAUCUUCCAGCCGCAUGAUUUGGCGUUGUCUCGUGGGACCGCGCGUACCGAAUACCCAACGCAUACCGACGUUCACCUUCCAGUCAUCUCUCGAGCAGACGUCGAUCAAGAAGAUGCUUCCUCGUGUUUCGGUCCAUCGCAUGCCCUCACAGGCACGUUGCGUACCGUGUGGCGUGCAUCGAGUCCGGCGAUUAGGAAGGAGAAAAUUAUCAAACUGGUGAAAGAGCAUGAGUUUUUCGUCACUGUUAUGCUGUGUGUGUCGGUGUGCGUUGUGGCGGAGUUGGGGAAGAUUGUGUUGUGUAUGGCAUUGGAUACGAAGAGAGCGGAGGUGGCAUCCAGUGCCGUCAUAGCAGGUGGGGCACUUUUCAUAUUGUCGCCACUCCUUCAAUGGCAGCUUCCCUUUGAGUCCGACCGCUGAGUUCAUAGGUUUGGUUUCGCCUGCCUAACUUUUAAAUUAUCUUUACUUUACUAUUCUUCUUGUUACAUUGACCAUUAUAUAACAUCUUUUUUGUACUUCAACAACCGAAUCUUUGGACCAGAUCGGAGUGAGCCGGGUAAUGGAUGCGAUCGAAAACCGUUGACUCUCGCGCGC